ACAAACGAAACUGAAGCGCUUUCUGGUUCUUCUCUGUUGCUCAAAAAAUGGAUCACCCGCUCACAUCUCGCUGGCCGCGCAAAGCUCCGACGAAAUCGGAACUCUACUCCACCGUUGUAAUCCAUGACGACGAUGAAGACGACGAAAGCAACGCAAUAAACUAUUCUCAAAACGACGCCGCUAUGGAAGACGACGAAUCCCUUCCUCCUCUUCUUAAACGCCUCCCUAAAGACUUCGGCGCCACUCCACUCGACGACGACGACGAAGACGACGGAGAUUUCGGUACAAUGAUCGUCAAAACCAAGACCAAAACCAAAAACAAAACCACGCGCACCAUAGUAAAUAAACCGUUUCAGGAUUUCAAAAAACCGGAUGGUGAUGACGAGUACGGUACGUUUGUGGUUAGAUCGAGCGAGAAAAAUUCAUCGGAUACCGUGAGGAGUGGAAAGUACGAUGAUUCGACGAUGGGGAGAGCUGUUGCGAGUAUGCGAAGGUUUGGGAGUAGCUCUUCGUUGCACGGAGACGAAGCCAGGCAGCAGAGUAAGGUUUCAUCCAGUUCGAUUCCGGAGAGUGUUAUUAGAGAAGAUCCUUCCACUAAGUAUGAGUUGCUCAACGAGCUUGGGAAGGGGUCUUAUGGGGCAGUAUACAAAGCUAGAGAUAUCAAAACAUCUGAGCUUGUUGCCAUCAAAGUUAUUUCAUUAACUGAAGGAGAGGAGGGUUAUGAAGAAAUCCGUGGGGAAAUUGAGAUGUUGCAGCAGUGUAGUCAUCCUAAUGUUGUGCGGUACCUUGGGAGUUACCAAGGUGAAGAGUAUCUUUGGAUAGUGAUGGAGUAUUGUGGGGGUGGAAGUGUUGCUGACUUGAUGAAUGUGACUGAGGAGCCGUUGGAGGAAUAUCAGAUAGCAUAUAUCUGCAGGGAAGCUUUAAAGGGCCUUUCUUAUUUGCACUCAAUUUUCAAAGUUCAUAGGGAUAUCAAGGGUGGCAAUAUCUUGUUAACUGAACAAGGAGAGGUCAAGUUGGGUGAUUUUGGGGUUGCAGCCCAGCUUACAAGGACCAUGUCAAAGCGCAACACGUUCAUUGGCACUCCACAUUGGAUGGCUCCAGAAGUUAUUCAGGAAAGUCGCUAUGAUGGGAAGGUGGAUGUAUGGGCUCUUGGUGUGUCUGCGGUUGAAAUGGCAGAGGGUUUGCCUCCAAGGUCCACUGUCCAUCCAAUGAGGGUUUUGUUCAUGAUAUCCAUUGAACCAGCUCCGAUGCUUGAGGAUAAAGAAAAAUGGUCUCUUGUGUUUCAUGAUUUUGUUGCAAAGUGUCUCACAAAAGAACCACGUCUACGCCCCACUGCAGCAGAAAUGCUGAAGCACAAAUUCGUUGAAAGAUGCAAAUGUGGAGCUUCUGCCAUGUUUCCAAAGAUUGAAAAGGCUAGGCAAAUUAGGGCUUCAAUGGCUCAGCAAGCACAGAAUCUUGCUCUGGAAAUAUCAGGAACAACUGAACUAGCAGGUCUGAAAUUAAACGAAGAUUAUGGAGAUACUGUUCCAUCAAGGCCUCAAAAUGUUGGACUUGUGGCAAAUGAAGUACCUGCAACUAGUGCUUCGAGGAAGCAACAAAUAUUGGAUGAUAUGGAAGAAGGUGACUUUGGCACUUUUGUAAUUCAUGGUGGUGACGAGACUGAUAGGACAAUUCUUGGGAAUCAACUUCCCAUUGUCAAAGAUUCUCCAUCUCAUCUUGGGCAUGCCGAGAUCCUUUCAAUCAGUGACAAUGUGGUCAAAACAGCCGAAACUAGGGGGGACAGUGGCGGAAAUGUUGUGGGCAAUAAUUUAAUCACAGAAUCAAAUUCUGCCGCACAGACCAUAAGGGCUUCUUCUCCUUCAAUAUCUGUUUCUCCUGAUGAGAACCUCAGGAUAAACAACAUGUCUCAAGGACAGGUUGGGGGCGGCCUCAAUAGGAUUAGUAGCACAAUGAAGAAUGAAAGUUUUUCCAAGAAAGCUUUUGCAUUGCAAGACAAGCUUUGGUCCAUAUAUGCCGCUGGUAAUACAGUGCCAAUUCCAUUUCUGAGGGCCACAGAUAUUUCCCCAAUCUCUCUCUUGUCAGACAAUGUAGUGGGAGCCAUGCGGCGGGAUAACAAUGGAACUGUAGCAGUUGAGGCACUGCAAGAGCUUUUUGCUGGUGAUGGACAGUCAAAAAAGGGUCGCAGAGGACAAAACGAGAUGCCCCUUCCUCCAAGUGUCUACCAAAGGCUUACUUCAAGCUCCACACUAUUGAACCUAGCACAAGCUCUGGCUUACCACAAAAUGUGUUAUGAAGAGAUGCCACUUCAAGAGUUGCAGGCAAAUCAAGAGCAACAAACCAUUCAAAAUCUCUGUGACACACUUAGAACUAUACUUAGGUUGUAGAUAAAUUUUGUGUUGUAAAAAUAAAAAUGAUGUAUGUUUUGGUUUUGAAAUUUAUCUGCUUGAGCCUGAAGAAAGGAUGGCAACAACAGAAGCCAAAUCCAUCAGUUUGCUCAUAGUACUAAUAUUAAGAAUUUUUUAGUAUAUAACCUAAUCCUCUUCAUUCAAA